UGACACCGGCUCAUUCCAUUCUUAGUCUGACCUCCACUUUGUAGAGGUCCAUAGAAUGUUCAAUGGAGAGGAAGAGAUGGACGUAUCAACUUGUUAUUGGGGGAUUUAAAAUGUCUUGUGUUUGUCCGGAUUCGGUCUUGUAUGAGUUUUCCGCUUGGCUUAUUAUUGGAUUAUCAAUGCCUUUUUGAAUGCCCAGCUACAUCCUCUGCAGGUGAAUCUCUGGUAGUUUGUCCACAAGUCUAGUUGGUUUUAGUUGAGAGCAUGAGUUCUGCUAACUCAAGCACAGGAAUUGACCUGCUCCAGGUUAGGAUUGAAUCCUUGAGCAGCAAAAUGGACAGGCUCAUAAGUAUCCAAGAAAAAGUGCUCAGCCGACUUGACGGCAUGUCUCAGGACAUUGAUGGAAUCGAGAAAGACGUUGAAACUCUGAAAGUGGAAAAGGAGGAGAUCCAUUUUCCUCCAGUUAUCCGCACAGGACCGGCCCAUGAGAUGAAGGAGAUGUGCCAAGAAAUGAACAGCAUCAUGUUGGCAGUAAAUAAUCGCUCAGAGCAGCAAACCCAAAAGCUGGAGGGAAUGGAAAGUCUGGUGAUGAGCAUUCAGCAGGUGGUCAGCUUUAUUGGAGAAACUGUGAAAACUUCCAAAAUCAUGGAUAUUUUGUUCAAAGGGCCGGCUUCUCGGAAGACCAAAGCGACUUCGGCCCUCAAGUCCAAGGAUAGUAAAAUCAAACUGAGCAGCAAAUGCCAGACCUCAGAUAACAAUGAGCAUGUCACUAUAAAGCUAAGAGAUCACAAAGUUAAAGAUGGGAAGUUUCGUCUGAGCCUCAAAGGCCUCAAAGCACAGAAGAAGAAGAAACCACCCGAUUCAACUGUAGAUACAGUCUCUUUGAAGAAGCAGGCACUGUUGCUUGAAGAGGUUCAGAAACUAAAUCAAGAGAAUGCAGAACGCACUGAAGCAUACCAACCUCUUGAAAAAGGCAUGCAGAAUUCAGAGGAUUGCUUGGUUACUCCAAUUCAGCAGGACCUUAUCCUUGAGGAAGACAAGCCAGUUGAACCUGAGCAAGAGAAGAGCUCGAUAGAAGAGAAUGAGGUCACUCUGGAGCUCAAUGAAGAUGAGAUGAAAGACGCAGAGCCGAAGAUAGAGGAGGUCCAAGCUGAAACACCUAACUUAGUGGAAGAAGAGACUAAGGAGCUGCCCCUAAAGACCACAGACAUACUCAAAGAUCAGGAGGAAGAGGGUACGGAGGACCAGACAAUUACUGAUGGUCCUGCAGAACCUGACAUUCCUGAUACAGAGCCUCCUACACCAAUUGAGAACUCAGUGCAAAGCAUUGAGUCUGAGCAGACGGAUGAGGUGACUACCAGCAGCAAACGACAUGUGACAGAAGAAGAUCUGGGUUUGGAGGACCACAAGAAGAGCAGGGUUGAGGAGGGGGAAAACCAGAGUGAGCAGGAGCCACAGGAACCUGAAGAUCUCUGUGGUGUUUUCAAAGCCGAUGGUGUGGAAAUCGAGUUGGAUUUCAGUAAACUGAAGAAGGAGAGCUAUGAGGAUGAAGAUGAAGAUCACAAGGAUCACUUCUUCAUUGAUUGCACCCCACCUCCAGCAGCACCCUUCAGCCACCGCGUGGUGUCUGCCAAACCCAACCAGAUUAACAACUUCUACACUAUCAACCGACAGGAGGUUCUCGGAGGAGGUCGAUUCGGUCAGGUGCAUAAAUGCAUUGAAAAUUCCUCUGGACUUACUUUGGCUGCCAAGAUAAUCAAAGCUAGGAGUCAAAAGGAAAAGGAGGUGGUGAAGAAUGAGAUUCAGGUUAUGAACCAGCUCGACCACGCCAACCUGAUCCAGCUCUACGCCGCCUACGAGUCCAGGAACGACGUUAUCCUUGUACUUGAAUAUGUUGAUGGAGGUGAACUCUUCGACAGAAUCAUCGAUGAGAAUUAUAAGUUGAAGGAGCUCGACACAGUGAUGUUCAUCAGGCACAUCUGUGAAGGCUUGCGUUACAUGCACAAAAUGUACAUCCUCCAUCUGGACCUAAAGGUACAAGCAGAGAUCCAGUGUGAUGCAGCAAUAAAAACACUUAAAUCAUUGGCCCUCAAAGGAGAAAAACGUCCGACAUUCCUCUAGUUUUAAAGCACAUAACCACAGUAACCUUC